AUGCUCGAUUUAAUCUCAUUUAUUUUCUUUAUUAUUCUGUUAAAAAACAAAAUUCUUUAUUUAUUAUUUAUACUCAGAAAUAUCUUUCUGUCACCCUUAAACUCCAAUAAUUUGACUAAAAAAAUGUUGAAAAAACUUUUGCGAGUAAGAAGAGAUUUUGGUUGAGCGACUAAUUUCAAGUCUGUUUUCAUUACCCAAUCAUUCUGUUCGACCUGGUAUGCGCUCCUCACAUUUUUUUAAGGGUUGGAAAUAGCGCUAUGUGGAAGUUGUAAUGAUUGUUUAGUUGAUACAAAAUCUCAAUUUGAGCAAUUUGAGCUAAAGAAAGCUUCAAUUUUGAUCUAAGAAUGGCUAAACAUGAGGUUUUUAUUGUCAAAGAGGAAAAUGAAGGAGCUAAAAGUCCUGAAUUAAAGAGUGGAAGCCCUCUUCAUUGCUCAACACCUCCAAAGGAGGGGCAAACUGAAAUUGAUGCAAUUCCAAGAAAUAAGAGAUAUGCCCUCUUAAGUAGACCAUCAAGCAAAUUCUGGGAGAUUGCUGCAGGUAGAGAUGAGACGUCUCGUGCUGUACCUUCUCCUAGUAGUCAUAGGCUACGAGAACGAAUAAGUGGGUUGGCACAUAAGAUUAAUUGGGAGUCUCUAAAGAAAACUUGCAAAGAGUGGUUUAGAAACCCCAUGAACUUGGCUUUGUUCGUUUGGAUUACUUGUGUUGCUGUUUCUGGGGCGAUUUUGUUUCUUGUCAUGACUGGAAUGCUAAACAGUGCUCUUCCUAAGAAGUCUCAGAGAAAUGCGUGGUUCGAAGUAAAUAAUCAAAUCCUCAAUGCCCUUUUUACUCUCAUGUGCUUGUAUCAACACCCUCAAAGAUUUUACCAUUUAGCAUUACUCUUGAGGUGGAAUCCGCAAGACAUAUCUAAGCUAAGAAAGAUUUACUGCAAGAAUGGUACUUACAAGCCCCAUGAAUGGGCACAUAUGCUAGUGGUUAUUCUGCUUCUUCAUUUGAAUUGUUUUGCUCAGUAUAGCCUUUGUGGUCUUAACGUGGGAUACAAACGAUCCGAGAGGCCUCCACUUGGAGUUGCAAUUUGUAUCUCAGUUGCCAUAGCUGCACCAGCUAUAGCAGGAAUUUACAUAAUUCUUAGUCCCUUAGGAAAGGAAUAUGAAGAUGAUCUCCCUGAUGAUGAGGAAGCCCAAGUUCCUAUGAAUGCGGCAUGUGAAAGUAUGAAUGGUUUAAGGUCAAAUUCUCUAGAGAAGAGGCUAUCCUUUGUGGUGAGAGAAGAUGGAAAGAUUGUUGAGAAUCGACCAAUAUGGAGAGGUGGAAUUUUUGAUCUGUGGGAUGAUAUUUCUGUAGCUUAUCUAUCACUAUUUUGCAGCUUCUGUGUUUUCGGAUGGAACAUGGAGAGGUUAGGAUUUGGGAACAUGUAUGUUCACAUUGCAACUUUCAUCUUGUUUUGUUCUGCCCCAUUUUGGAUUUUCAAUUUGGCUGGCCUCAAUGUCGAUAAUGACGGUGUUAGGCAGGCUUUAGGACUUACUGGAUUCUUACUUUGUGGGUUUGGUUUACUCUAUGGUGGUUAUUGGAGGAUACGUAUGAGGAAGAGGUUUAACUUACCGAGGAAUACAUCUUGUUGUGGCAAUCCUGCUAUUUCAGAUUGUGCUUUGUGGUUUUGCUGUUGUUGGUGCUCACUUGCUCAGGAAGUGCGAACAGCAAAUUUCUAUGAUAUUGCUCAAGAUAAGUUGUGUAGGAAACAAGACAGUGUAAAUGGCGAGCUAGGGUGCUCAGAAUCGCCCUGUGAAGAUGGAGAAAUGACUAAUGGCAACGAUCUGUCUCCAAGCUCUCAGGUGAUUCCUUCUGAUGGCUCCAUGAGUAAAACAGCAAAUACCAGUUCAGAAAGAACGCAAGAAGACUCGACAAGGGAAGGUACGUCCAAACUCAUGAUACCACCAUCUCCCUUAAUGAUUGACAGAGAAGGCAAAUAGCAUGGUCAUUGCAUAUUUGUGAAGAGAUGCAGUGAGGUGUCCCAUGUAAUUAAUAUGUAUUUUCAAUAUGGGCUUGGAAUGGGAUCACAAUUUUGUGUUUAAGACAAACUGCUACUUCAUGUGUAUUCCAUAUUUAUCACUUUUCUUGAGUCUACUAUUACCAUAUAUUUCAAGCA